GCAACUCCUGACAAGGAAACAGUAUUGGAUAAAGUUGAAAGGAAAAUGGCUCCAGAGACACAACCUAAGACACCUCCUAAGCUUCCAGAAGAACCUACCCAAGUUAAGGCAGAAAAGCUGGUGCCUUCAGAUGAGUCAAAGGCCAUAGAAGUUACACCGCCUAAAUCUUUGGACCGCCCAACCUCACCAGAGUUGCUGAAACCUGAAGAGACCCAUCCAGUCCCACAAGCAUCAACACCUAUUCGUGGUGGUGAGGUGGUGGUUGUGUCUAGCUUAUCAAUGAUAGACGACUCCGGCUCUCACCUAAAGGAUGCUUGUGAAAUUGGAACUUCUGAAGUUGACAAAGGAGAGCUGUCUCCAAAAGUCCCAGUGGAGCACGAAGUGACUUUCUCUUCAAAGCACACCAUAUUGGAGGUUGGCGAGGCAGGGCACUGGGAGCAGCAGGCUGGCGAAGUGGACCGUAGCCAUGUGUCCGUGAUUAGCGUGGGUGACCAUGAGGUGGUGAAGGACUCAUCACUGGUCGUGAGCCCCCGCGAAGGCCCAGCAUCGCCUCGUCUAGUGCUGCGGCAGUCAACAGCAGGGCCUCGCGAGGGCUCUCCUGAGAAGCGAAACUCAUUCCCACGUAUGCAUGAAGGUGCACAGCAACGGCCCCCACUUGUGAACGGAGGCUCACACGAAGCGUUGUCUCCCGAGCGACCCAAGGUUCGAGUGAAUGUCAAGCUGCAACAGGGCUCAGCAUCGCCACCUCGUGUGGAAAAGGCACCUCGGCGGCCCCCUGCCUCUGCAACAGACGCACCAGUCGAGCGCCGCCGAAAAGAGGUAUCAGACACGGAAAGUGUUUCGACCUUGGACAGUGUAGGCAGUCGCACAAGUGGCAGCGACAAGGAGAAUCGCAAAGAGGACUGGGAAGCCACCAAGGAAAAGGAACGUAGUGCUAAUAAUGUACCUGCUAUUCGCAAGAAGGCUCUUAUGACUCAGAACACUGCUGUACGGCCCAAAACACUCAAGCGAACACGCAAGUUUGUAAUUGACGGAGUUGUGAUGACAACCACUACCAGCAAAGUCAUCUAUGGAGACCUUGAUGAAGAUAAACAAGCCAAAGAUUACCAUUUUCUCAGGCAACAAGAACUAAGGGAGCUAAAGAUGCUCCAGAAGAUGGAAAACAAGCAGUUCCAAGACUUGGACAUGAAGGAGGAGUUUGCGAGGGAACAGCAGCAGAAAAAGUUUGAUCAGGAACUGACGACACUUUUGCGAGACUAUGACAAUGACUUAGAGGCACUGAACCGCACUCAGAAGCAGCAGGUGGAAAAGGCUGAGCAGCAACAGGACCUAGACUUAAAAUAUGCCUCAAGGCGCAUUCGGGCUGAACAG